GACAACAUGCGAUGCGGACCCACUGGACUGACGGUCAUGAUGGCAAAUUUUACUCGCCUUUACUUCCUGGUUGCGGCCGUCGUUCUAUGCUGGCUUGCGAGUCGGUGUCUGCAAGGUAUUUCAGCUAUCGAUGACUUCACCUGCAUCACCAAGCCCCGCAUUGAUUUUGACAAUGAAGACACCUACAUCGCUGCGUAUCUACAUGGUGGGAGUGCAACGCUGUCCUUCGCUCGAACAACUUUCACACGUACCGGUGGUGAUGACCCUGGACAACUAGACUUGCCCCGAGACAACCAACCGGAACCUGCCUCGUCUUUGGAGGGAGACGAGAUCUCCAUUCUUCGAUUGCCAAGCAAUGGUGGGAAGACUAGGAUCGGAUUUUUUGCUUGCAAGAAGGGUGACGACGUGAGCAUUGGAACCGCCAUCAUGAGCAGAAAUGCCUACUAUCUGCCAACGUUUCCAAGUCAUACCGUGAACAAUGGCGAUAGUGUGACUCUGACGGUAAAUGCCACCAAUACAUCUUUCACUGCAACCCGGUGGAGGAAGAAUGGAGAGGGCUCGCCUGGCUUGAUAGACACCCCAGAAAAAGUUAUAGACAGUGCCGACGAGUCCGACAGCGGGACGUAUGAGAUCCACCUCACUAAAGUGCGCAGUGCAGGACAACAGGCGCUCAUACGGUUGUUCGUAAGAGAAUGUGAGGAAAAUAAAUGGAGCACGCCCUCUUGUGACAAAGUUUGCAAAGUCUGUUUCAAUGGCGGUGUUUGUGAAGUUGCCAGCGGCGUCUGCAUUUGCCCGCCCGGAUUCAGUGGUGAUUUCUGUGAAAUCUUGCUGGGCCCUGACCGCUUUGGCCAAGAUGGUAGCUUUCGAUGCAGCUCCUCCGAGUUGCUGGGCUCAACCUGCGAAGGAAAGUUAUUCUGUUUGCCUGAUCCCUACGGAUGCUCUUGUGCUUCAGGGUACAGGGGUAUUGAUUGUAAUCAGGGCUGCCCAGAUGGGUCUUUUGGAGCCAGCUGUCUGCAGACCUGCCACUGCAUGGACGAUGCCCCCUGCAAUAAAACAACGGGUCGUUGUCCUGGAAACUGUGCCUCAGGUUUUAAAGGCAUUAACUGUCAAGAUGGUUGUCCAGAAGGUCAUGGUGGUUUGGCCGACGAUUGCUCAACUCUAUGCACAGUUCCGGCUGAAGUGACUGAGCUCCAAGACGUUACUCCUUUGAGCCUCUCAGCCAAUCAAAUCCACCUCUCCUGGAAGUUUGUUUCCAACCGAUGUGCUGUCACGCGUUACCAAGUACAAUAUGAACUGACCAAUCUGGAGCAGUGUCAGCCCAUGGCGCCCAAUCGCAUAGAUGUUGGAGGAGACAGUUACUAUGGCGACAGUUUGACAAUUUCAUCGGGAGUCCGGCCCUACUCGAGUUACACUGUGUACGUUCGUGCCUGGAAUGAAGUUGGACCUGGGAGUGAGAUGCCCCUUUAUGUACGCACAGGAGAAUCGGUUCCAAGUGUGGCUCCUGUAUAUAAUGGCAGCAGCAUUUCAAGCGAUUCAAUCACAUUCUACUGGGAACCCAUCCCCUGUGGAAGCAGAGGUGGUGACAUCACAGGCUAUGACUAUGAAGUUCAAGACAGCACAGGAACAAGAAUUGGAGACCGUCAGUCUGUCCAAACAGAGAUGGUUGAGGUCAGUGGACUGACACCAUGCAUGAGGUACACCUUCAGGGUACGGGCUCAGACCAAUGGAGGCCCAGGGCCGUGGACAAACCCCAUACAGGUUCCAGGACUUUUGGAUCAGUUCUUGGUCGAUCGCACCACUGAACCAACUGAGAUCCGGGUUACUUGGCAAGAACCUUCCAAUGUUGGUAACUGCCCUGUGCAAUAUACAGUGGAGUAUUCCUUGAUUAAGAGAGGCCUUUGUGAGAGGAUCGAUUCUCCAUCACGGCAAGUGUGGAGCGGUGAUACUCGCCCCCCAGUGACCAUUAGAGAGCUUCAUCCACGUUCCCUGUACCAUGUAUAUGUGAGGGCUUCUACCACUACUGGCCCAGGAAUGGUGGCAGAGGGAGAAGCUGUAACGUCAGAAAGAACUUCAAGUGUGGCUCCUGUAAUAACUGGGCACAACAGUUCUAGCGAUUCGAUCACAUUCUACUGGGAACCAAUCCCCUGUGAAAACAGGAGUGGUAACAUCACAGGCUACGACUAUGAAGUGCAAGACAGCAGAGGAGCAAUGAUUAGAGAUAGGCAGUCUGUCCAAACAGAGAUGGUUGUGGUCAGUGAACUGACACCAUGCAUGAGGUACACCUUCAGGGUACGGGCUGUGAACAGUGUGGGCCUACUAGGAACAUGGACAGAGGGCAUGGAGGUGGAAACAAGUGCACGUGUUCCAGAAAUGGUCAAUCAGCUAUCAGUGACUGGUAUCCCUGAUGAUCCGACUGAGAUCCGAAUUACUUGGCAGAAACCUACCAACACCGGUGACUGCAGUGUCCAGUACACAGUGGAAUAUGCCCUGAUAAACAGGGACCAGUGUGAGGAAACCCAGUCUCCAUCACGGACAUCAUGGCAAGCUGGUACUCAAUCCCCAGUGACCAUCACAGGGCUCUUUCCAUAUUCCACCUACCGUGUUUAUGUGACAGCCUCUACAGUUGCUGGUGUAGGAAUGGAAGCAGAGGCAGAAGGUGUAACACAGGUCACAGCUACCAUCGUGGCUCCAGUCAUAAAUGGCAGUAGUAUCUCCAGUGAUUCAAUCACAUUCUACUGGGAACCUAUCCCCUGUGGAAGCAGAGGUAGUGACCUCACAGGCUAUGACUAUGAAGUGCGAGACAGCAGAGGAGCAACGAUUAGAGAUAGGCAGUCUGUCCAAACAGAGAUGGCUGUGGUCAGUGGACUGACACCAUGCAUGAGGUACACCUUCAGGGUACGGGCUGUGAACAGUGUGGGCCUACUAGGAACAUGGACAGAGGGCAUGGAGGUGGAAACAAGUGCACGUGGUGGUGUUGCACAAGAUGCUGGCAGAAUUGAUGAUUUUACUUGCAUCACCAAGCCCCGCAUUGAUUUUGACAAUGAAGACACCUACAUCGCUGCGUAUCUACAUGGUGGGAGUGCAGCGCUGUCCUUCGCUCGAACAACAUUCACACGUACUGGAACUAGUGGUGAACAGAAGCCAUCCCCUUUAAAGUUACCUCCAAACCAUGAUAUUUUAAUGCUCCAGUCAUCAGAAGAGGGAUUCUCUAUUCUUCAAUUGCCUGCAGUGACUAACAGGAAGAAAAGGAUCGGAUUUUUUGCUUGUAGGAAGAACGGGGGCAACGUCAUGAGUAUUGGAACUGCCAUCAUGAGCAGAAAUGCUGAUUUUCUGCCAACGUUUCCAAGUUGGACGGUAAACCGCGGCAAUAAUGUGACUCUGAUGGUCAAUGCAUCCAGUUCAUCUCGUACUCAAACUCGAUGGAGGAGGAAUGCAAAGGACCCGAUUAAAGACUGGAGUGACCAACUGUACAUGAAGAUGACCAGUGUCAGUCAGUCAGAGAGCACCACCUAUGAGGUCCAUUUUACGGGGAAGCGUGCCAGUGGAAAACAGGCAUUAAUGCGAUUGAUAGUCAGAGGAUGUGAACAAGAUAAAUGGAAUGCACCCUGCUGUGACAAAACUUGCCCAGUCUGUUUCAAUGGUGGCGUCUGUGAGACUAGGAUUGGUGUCUGUGUUUGCCCACCUGGCUUUAGUGGGAAUUUCUGUGAAAUACUACUUGGCCCUGACCGCUUUGGCCAAGAUGGCAGCUUCCAGUGCAGCUCUGACAAGUUGCCGGGCAAAACCUGUGAAGGAAAGUUAUUCUGUCUGCCCGAUCCCUAUGGAUGCUCUUGUGCUUCAGGGUACAAGGGUAUUGAUUGCGAUGAGGGCUGCCCAGAUGGGUCUUUUGGAGCCAGCUGUCUGCAGACCUGCCACUGCAUGGACAAUGCCCCCUGCAACAAAACAACUGGUCGUUGUCCUGGAAACUGUGCCUCAGGUUUCAAAGGCAUCAACUGUCAAGAUCUUUGCCCAGAAGGCUAUGGUGGUCUGGCCGGAAAUUGCUCAACGCGGUGCACAGCUCCGGCUGAAGUGACUGAGUUCCAAGAUGAUACUCCCCUAAACCUCUCGGCCAAUCAGAUCCACCUAUCUUGGAAGUUUGUUUCCAACCGAUGUGCUGUUAUGCGUUACCAAGUACAAUAUGAAUUGACCAAUCUGGAGCAGUGUCAGCCCAUGGAGCCCAAUCGCAUAGAUGUUGAAGGAGACAGUUACUAUGGCGACAGUUUGAUAAUUUCAUCGGAUGUCUUGCCGUAUUCAAGUUACACUGUUUAUGUCAGUGCAUGGAACGAGAUGGAAAAGGGGCCAGAGACCAGCAUUGAUCUCUGCACUGGAGAAUCAGUUCCAAGUCUGGCUCCUGUACUCACUGGCAGCAACAUUUCUAGUGAGUCAAUCACUUUCAACUGGGAACCCAUUCCAUGUGGAAGCAGGGGUGGUGACAUCACAGGCUACAUCUAUGAAGUUCAAGACAGCACAGGAACAAUGGUUGUAGAUAGCCAGUCUGUUUCUGUAGAGAUGGCUGUGGUUGUUGGACUGACUCCGUGCACAAUAUAUUCCUUCAAGGUACAGGCUGAGACCAGCAAGGGCCCCGGACCAUGGACAGAGGACAUGGAGGUUGAAACAAGUGCAGUCGUUCCAGAAAUGGUGAAUCAGCUAACGGUCUCUGGUACUCCUGUCCCUACUGAGAUCCAAGUAGCCUGGCAGAAACCUACCAACACCGGUAACUGCACUGUCCAAUACACAGUGGAGUAUGCCCUGAUAAACAGAGACCUGUGUGAGGGGUUCCCAUCUCCAUCACGAAUACUGUGGCCCACUGGUACCCUGUCAGCGAUGACCAUCACAGGAGUCUACCCGAAUUCCAUCUACCGCGUGUUUGUGACAGCCUCUACUAUCGCCGGACUAGGAACGAAAUUGUGGGAUGAAGCCGUAACCCAGGGCACAGCACCCAGUGGACCACCGAGCAAUGUCAGCCUCAGUAACUUCACCCUCAACACCCUGUCCUUCGCAUGGGACUUACCGCUGUGCGGCCAGCGCAACGGCAAUAUCACCCACUACCGCUAUAACCUUACGGGCAUUGCAAGUCGGCAAACGGAACAAGCAAACAUUUCCCAAGCAUCCAUCGAGUUCAUGGGCCUUGUUCCAUUCACGCCAUACGUGCUGACAGUGUUUGCCAUCAAUAUCUUUGGUUCUGGACCCGUUGCUACCAUCGCAGUCCAGACAGGGGCUCCAUCUGAGCCUGGGUCACUCUCUGUGUCAACUGUUUCUGAGACUAGCGUCACGCUAGAAUGGAGACCUCCAUUAUUUCCCAAUGGAAAGGUGUUUAAAUAUAAGAUUGAUCAACGGGUUGUAGCCAGACCUUACAAUGACAGUUUCACUUUUGACGCUGACUCCAAAUAUGAGAGCCAAGAGAUACCCGAUGAGUCGAUGACCAGCAGUACGGUCUACAACCUGGAACCAUCCACAGAAUACGAGUUCCUGGUUUACAUUGUCACCAGCACCAAUGUUGUUGGAAAGAAAGCGAAGGUGGAAUCCUUUACUGCACCAGCAACAGGCAUGACACCCCCUGAGAAACCCACGCUGUCUGGCAAAGGCCAAUCUAGCACUUCCUCCAUCACCAUCCAACUAGCCAGCACCACACCCUCGAAAUAUGUGACUUCUUAUCAGGUUGGAGUGAAAAACACCAAGGCCGGCGUGGACACCAACAGAAGGUCCGCUGGGUCCGGUCUGGAAUUUGGACAUUUCACCGAGAGUCCCACGUCCUACGUUGCUGCUGAGUUGCCACGGAGACUUCCAGAUGUAUUUGUCGUCGGGGAUGACCGAGAGUAUGACGGCUAUUUCAACCCAAGCUUGCAGGAGGGAGCAUCUUAUGAGAUUUAUUUUGGUGCUGUGAGCCGCAUUAGUGACAAGGAAUUCAGCGUGGUUUGGAAUGAAGAUCCCCUCGUGGUUCAAGUGGCGGGUGGACUGUCUUCUUCACGUCAGGGUAUUGGCCUCACUGUAGGUGUCGCUGUUGCAAUGUCCAUGCUUGCUGCUGUUGCUCUGGUUUUGGCUCUUGUUGUCAUUUGGAAACGUCACCAGAGGUCAGUGGGGAAAGAAGAUGGACCUUUCCGAGCUCCGUCAGAGCUCUCCCUUCAUUCCAUCCACGGUAAGGACCAAAACAUCAGUCCUCUGUCUCCUGACAGCGACACUCCGCCAGCCAGACCCCAGGAGAAGCUGGGACCCACCGCCAACAAGAAGCCAGCCCACUCUCAUCUGGAAGACCCUGUUGCUCUCAGCAACCUGGCCAACCACAUCAAGAGCAAAAAGUCCAGGAACGGAUUCCAGCAAGAGUACGAGACAUUACCAGUUACGCCCCUUCACCCUUGGACAGUGGCCAAGAAAAGUCAUAACAUGAAGAAGAACCGAUACACCAACAUCGUGGCCUAUGACCACUCCCGCGUCGUCCUGCGAUGCCCGGAUGACAGUCCUCACUCUGAUUACAUCAACGCAUCUUACAUCAAUGGAUACAAGCAGGAAGCACAGUACAUAGCCUGCCAAGGGCCUACCAAGGCCAGCGUGGUUGACAUGUGGCGUAUGUUGUGGCAGGAACAGGUCGGAAUAAUAGUCAUGCUGACGAACCUCGUCGAGAACGGAAAGGUGAAAUGCGAAAAGUACUGGCCGGAUAGUUUACAGAAGUAUGCAGACUUUACUGUCACCAACAUCUCAGAGGAGGUCUUGACGAAUUACGUCGUGAGGACGUUCCACCUGUCUAAGUACAGUGACCCGGAGGGGGUGUUCCGCGAGUUGAAUCACUUCCACUACACCACCUGGCCAGACAUGAAGCCACCAGAGUCGUCCUCGCUGCUUCAGUUCGUCCGCAGAGUUCAGGCGGCUGAGACUACCCAGCCCGGUCCUAUGGUCGUACACUGCAGCGCUGGCGUGGGCCGCACUGGAACCUUCAUCACCCUGGACUCCAUGUUGACCCAGGCACAAGCUGAGGGGCAAGUUGGGGUGUUCAACUUUGUCCAUGCCAUGAGGGAGCAGCGAAUCAUGAUGGUGCAGACUGUGGACCAAUACAAGUUCAUCUUUGACGCCCUUCUGGAAUCUUGUCUGACGGAAAACACGGCCAUUCCGGUGGCCAGACUCCAGCAAGACUACGCCAAACUCAAGAAACGAGAUCGCAAAACGGGGACCACAGGCAUCGAAGAGCAGUUCAAAAUGUUGGAGACCUUCACAGCAACAUACACCGAGGAUAAAUGUCGCGGAGGCUUAGAAUCUGCUAACGUGGCCAAAAAUAGAUUCCCAAAUUUCAUUCCAGCUGACAAGAUUCGUCCUUACCUUAUGACCCCUGGGGAGGAGGGCAGCACCAACUACAUCAACGCUGUAUUUUUGGAUGGUUACAAUAAAAAGAGUGCUUACCUAGCUACCCAGUCUCCAUUGCCCAACACGCUGGGUGACAUCUGGCGGAUGGUGUUUGACUACAACUCAUCCUGCAUAGUCAUGCUGAAUUCCGUAGACAGUGACCGGAAUGUUCCCCAGUACUGGCCAGACGAGGGCAGCCUGCAGUUUGGCCGGCUGACUGUUACAUUCAGAAACAUUGACCACCAGAGUGACACAGUCAUUGUCCGGCAGUUUGGCAUCCGCAGCUCAGAGAAAAAGUCGGACAAAGAGCAGAGCAUCUGCCACAUACAAUACCUAGCCUGGCCCUCUGGGAAGGAGGUUCCCAACUCUCCAUCCAGUCUCCUCAAGGUGCUGGAGACCGUCAAGAUCUGGACGAAUGAUCAUCCAGAUGAACCUGUUACGGUCCACUGCAUCGAUGGUCUGGGCUGCAGUGGGACCCUCUGCGCUCUGAUGACCGUCCUGGAAAGCGUAAGCCAGGAGCAGGUUGUAGAUGUCUUCCAAGCGGUCAAGAAGCUCCGGGCGGCCCGAGCGGGCUUAGUUCAGACACUGGCUCAAUACCAGCUGCUGUACCAGUUGACCCAGACUUCCCUAGACUCCAACUCCAUCUAUGAAAACCUGAGGUAGAAUGUGCAUCAUUUGAUGGUUGCUGAGAUGGAGACUAAGUAAGGGUCAAACACCGCAACAUACACAUUGUCCCGUACAAAACAAGGGAGCCGUCUUUAUUUAAAGUAUUGAAAUGUCAAACUCCUUGCAUUUGAAGAGCAGAGCAAAAUGCAAUUGAUGUGUCUGUGACAGCUUAGGAUUCUAAAUGGUCAGACAAAAUAGCAGGAGUUCUUCUAGUUUCUGGUUAAUUUAUCAAUUAAUCUUCUUCAGAAUCUCUUCCUUCAUUUAAAUAAUCUUCAGUAGCUUAGUCAGCCGUUUUGUAAAAAAAAUCAUUUUAUGUAACCAAGGCAUAUCUUUCACUCUUUGUGGUUCAUUUCAUUUAAUUAUCAAACAUAGUCACAUGUUGGAAUUGGAUGUCAGUGAUAUCAGAAUCCUCUGUUGAGCAGAGUAAUUACCUGACAAAACAUGGCAAGUUGGAGGGGUAGUUAUUUCUAUAGUAAAGAUUGC